AUGAUGGUCGUGAAGCCUGCCACGUCAUCAGAGCCUGCCACGUCAGCACUGCCUGCCACACCAGAAGUGCCUGCCACGUUGACAGUACAUGCCACGUCAGCAACGCAGACUGAGGAGGCGGCAAGAGCAGGUGCACGGCGAGCAGCAAGCGUGCAUUCGGACCAGGAGUGGGCGGCAGAUGAGGUGCGGAUGGCAAGCCGGGCGGCAAGUGAGAUACGGACGGCAAGUGAGAUACGGGCGGCAAGUGAGAUACGGGCGCCAAGUGAGAUACAGGCGCCAAGUGAGGUGCAAGCGUUGUCAUUUGCGCCAAUAGCAGGAACGCACAUGCAUGAGGCGGCAAGAGAGGAGACUGUGAAGGGAACGCAGUCGAGAGGUGGGAGGGGAGGGAGAGCGCGAGGUAAGGGGGUGACGCAGAGGGUUUUGGGGAAGGACGAGAGGGGGGUGGAGGUGGAGGGAGGAGAGGGGCGGGGAGCGGCGUGGGUAGGGGCAGCAGCCGGGGCGGAAGGGCAGAGAGAGGGAGGGGGCGAGGGGUGGAGAGAGGGAGGGGGAAAGCAGCAGAGGGCGGAAGAGGGCGAGGGAGGGGGCGGGGGAGAGGAGUUGUGGGCGGCGGAAGCAGCGGAAGCGGAAGAGGAGGCAUUAGAAACAGAGGCCGAGGAGGAGGAAGAGGAGUACUCAGAGGAAGAAGAGGAGGAAGAGGAGGAAGUUCGGGAGGAGGAGAGAGGGGAGGAGAUAGAGGAGGACGAGGCAUUGUUGGAGUUUGCUCGGCAGAUCUGCAGCCUGUCCGUGCAGCAGGUGGGUGGGUCUGCCAAGAGGGGAGCAGGUUACCCUUUCACUGCGCCAUCGCCAUCCCAAGCAGCCUCUGGGCGGCAGGGUGAGGGGCAGCGGCAGAUCUGCACCCUGUCCGUGCAGCAGGGGGGGUCGACCAGGAGCUACCCGCAGGUGCAGCAGCAGGUGGGUGGGUCUGCCAAGAGUUCUCCUUUUAUGGCGACCCAGGCUGAUGGGGAUCGGGAGACGAGUGGGAGGGGGGUGGGAGCAGCCGGGGGUGGGGGGGAGAAGAGGGGGAGGGGAGGGAGGACAGGUGGAGGUGUGGGGAAGAAGGCGAGGGGAGGGAGAGAGGGUGAGGGCGAUGAUUGGCUGUUGGAGGAGAUUGAAGGGCUGCUGGGAGGGCGAGAGGGGGGGGGGAGGCGGGCGAGAGAGAAGGGGGGAACAGGGGGAGAAAGGGGAGAGAAAGGGGCAAGAAAGGCAGGGGUGCGAGGGAUAGAGGGCGGAGAAGUAGCAGGAGGAGAAAGGAAGGGGGAUAAGGGGCGGAGGGAGGUUAGUGAGCUAAGCGAGGAGAUUGAGGGGAGGGGAGUGAAAGGAGGAAGAGGUGGUGGAAGGGGUAGCAGGGGGAGGGGAAGAGGGCGGAGUGGGGGGGAGGCAGGAGUUGGGGCAGAGGUGGAGGGUGGGGGAGAGAUGGGGGCUCAACAAUCAAGAGGAGGGAGGGGCAGAGGUAGAGGAAGGGGGAGGGCGACAACUUUUGGUGGUGAGGGAGAGGGAGGAGAGAGAGGGGAGGGUGGCAGAGAGGAGGGGCAAGAGGGCGGAAGGGGUAGGGGACGGGGGCGGGGAAGAGGGGGGAGAGGAACUGAGGGGAAGGGAGGGGGGAUGGAAGGGGCAAGGGGUAGGGGCAGGGGGAAGGGAGGGGGUGGGGAAGGCUUGGAGGGGGGUAAAGGAGGUAGAGGGGUUGUGGGUGUAGGGAAAAAAGGGGAGAAUAUGGGUGUAGGGAAAAAAGGGGAGAAUAUGGGUGUAGGGAAAAAAGGGGAGAAUAUGGGUGUAGGCCGCCAGCGUCUGACUGCUGCUGCUGCUGCUGCGGAAGGAAGGGAAAGACGGGAAGGAGGGGAAAGGGGGGAAGGAGGGGAGGGGGGAGAAGGGGAAGAAGGGGGAGAAGGAGGGAGAGGAGGGGAAGGAGGGAGAGGAGGGGAAGGAGGGAAGGAGAAUUGGAAGCAGUGGUGGUGGGAGGGUUUCAGUUGCCCAGGCAGUGGUUACGGCUGCAGAAGAUUCGAUGGUAACCCAGUGGUAGCAGGGGCGACAGCACUGGAAGCACCGCCACCAGCAGCGCCAGAGGGAGCACUGCCUGAACAAGCUAUGGUAACAUCAGGAGAAGCGAUGGUGGUAACCGCAGCUGAAGGGUCUGUGAUAACUCCUGGAAAAGUUUUGGUAACGGCAGGGAUGACAGCACCAGUGGAAGUGCAGUUACCAGCAGCGCCAGAGGGAGCACUGCCUGAGCAAGCUAUGGUAGUAUCAGGAGAAGCGCUCGUGGUAACCCGUGCUGCAGACGAUACGGUGAUAACCCCAGUAGCAGGAACAGCAGCACCAGUGGAAGCACAGCCACGAGCAGUGCCAAUGGGAGUAGCGCCUGAACAGCUGCCUGAACAAGCUAUGGUAAUAUCAGGAGAAGCGCUGGUGGUAACCGCUGCAGACGAUUCGGUGGUGACACCAGUGGUAGCAGGGGCGACAGCACUAGUGGAAGUGCCGGCAACGGCAGUGCCGGUGGGAGCACCACCUGAGCAAGCUCGUGCUCGUGCCAGCGAUAGUGCUAUGGUACUAUCAGGAGAAGCGCUCGUGGUAACCGCAGUAGCAGGGACAACAGCGCCGGUGGAAGUGCAGUUACCAGCAGCGCCAGUGGGAGUAGCGCCUGAGCAAGCUAUAAUACUAGCAGGAGAAGCGCUCGUGGUAACCGCAGGUGAAGGGUCAGUGGUGGUUCCAGCAGAAGAGUUGGUGGUAACCCCAGGAGAAGUGAUGGUGGUAACUCCAGCACAGGAAGGAGGCGCAGCGGCAGCAGCAGGAGCAGGGGAUGCUGUAUCAGUGCGGGGGGCGUUAGUGGCAACCCCAGGUGAAGGAUUGAUGGUAACCCCAGCAGCACUAGGGGCAGCAGUUGCAGAAGUGGGUGGGGAAGCCGCAUCAGGGGCGAUAGUGCCAGUCCCAGCUGAUGGGGUGGUGGUAACCCUAGUUGAAGGCUCAGUGGUAGUUCCAGAAGAAGACGUGGUGGUAACCCCAGGAGAAGGGGGAGCAGCUGCAGAAGUAGGUGGGGAAGCCGCAUCAGAGGGGAUACCACUGCUGCUGUGUGCACCACCUGGAGGAGAAGUUCCCAGUCAGGUGGAUGGUCAGGAGGCACCAGAUGUUCAGGAGAAAGGCCAGGAGAAAACAACAGAAGCUGGCCUGGGUGAACAGAGUGAUGGUGCAGCUGGAGGUUAUGGGACAGGUGGUUCUCAUAGUUCCGAGCCUACUUCCGAACCUCCUGCGGUCGCCGAACCUGCUACUGGUGAUGAAGCUCUGGCUGCGGCCACCGAACCUGCUGGCUUUCGUGCGGCAACUGCUUCAGAACCUCCUGCCGAUCCUUCCUUUCUCUCCUCUGCUGACGUGGCAGCAGUUAGAAUCGCUCUGCAGGCCAACCGUCGGUGCCAGCUGGCUCUUCACGAUUUGCUAGCGGCCGUGGAGGCUCGGGAGGGACAGGCUCGGGAGCUGCUUCGGCGCGUCAGAACCGUGGCUGGGUUCGAGACUCGGGCGAGGAAAGCUGCUAGAAGAGUGAUCGGAGGCUUGGGGGGAGGGGCAGGGUGGGGGAUAAGAGACGAAGCAGGAGCAGGAGAAGGAGCAGCAGCAGCAGGAGCAGCAGCAGUAGGAGCAGCAGGAGGGGGAGCAGGAGGAGCAGGAGGAGGAGGAGCAGGAGUAUGGGGUACGGCAGGGGGAGGGGGAGGCGAGGGGGGGGGUCGCAUCUACGGGGGGCAUGCAGCCGAGAUGCUUCUGGUGAACUGGGCCAAGCCGAGACAGAAGCGCGGGAGAAAACACAAGUACUCUUCUCUUGGAUUCGACCCGGAUCCCCAUGAUCGCAGCAACCUGGAAGCUUCCUCAAGGGAUAUGCCUGUGAAUGAGGACCAAGGGGUGUUUGAGCGGUUGAGAGGGGUGAUGCCGCUGGUGUUUCGCGGGAGGAAGUGGGGGAAGGGCGAGGUGGGUGCGUUGAGGGAGGGGGUGGAGCAGCAGGUGGUGCAGGGGAUGAUUGAGGAGGCCGUGAAAGAACGACCGGAAAUUACCCUGGAUAGGUCUCUACUCCAGCGAACCAUAGCAGAGAUCAAAUCGCGCCAGCUCGCACCAGAGGCCAUGCAUGCUGCCGUGGCACGAGUUGAUUGGUCGACAGUAGCAGCUGCGUUUGUGAAUCCGGCCAAUAGGAGCCUUGGAAGGGGGGUGCACCUCAGGCGUACUGCACUCGAGUGCAAAUUGAGGUGGUUGAAUGUGGACGACCCGAGCAUAACGUGGGGCGAGUGGAGCGAGAGGGAGGAGGAGAUUCUGAAGGAGGUGGCGGAGAGCAGAGGGCUGUGUGGGUGGGAGGGGAUUGCAAAGGAGAAGUGGUGGAACCCCCACGUGGCGCGACGCCAUUGGUCGGCAGAAGAGGACAGACAGCUGGCGGCGGCAGUGAGGCGGCAUGGGGAGGUGAACUGGGCGGCGGUGGCGCUGGCUGUGGAAGGGCGGAGCGGCAGGGAGUGCUUGCAGCGUGGUGCUGGCGGUGGAAGGGCAGAGCGGCAGAGAGUGCUUGCAGCGGUGAGUGGCUGUAAGGAGGUGAGUGGCUGCAAGGAGGUGAGUGGCUGCAAGGAGCAUCAUCUGCGCCACGUCAGCAGAGCAGCGUGGACCCCCGAGGAGAACGACAGGCUGCGAUUGGCUGUGGGAGUCUUCGGCACGCCCCAUUGGAGGAGAAUCGCAGCCCUGGUGCCGAACCGCACCGAGGUGCAGGUUCGGGAGCGCUGGUGCAACGUGCUCGACCCGAACCUGAGGUUCGGGCCGUGGUCUGGCGAGGAGGUUCGGCGGCUGGAGGAGGCUGUGGGGAGGUUCGGCGUGGGGAAUUGGACGAACGUGGCUGUUGCUUGCUGGCCCAGAACGGACUGCCAGUGCAAGAGGCAGUGGCUCAAGAUGCAUCGAAAAGGAGAGAGGCAGAAGAGAGGGAGGCUAGGAGAUGCAGCAAAGGAGGCAGAUGGAUCGCUGCAUGGUGUGGCGGCAACAGGGGGAGCCACACCAGCAAGUGCAGUCACACCAGCACAUGCAGCAACGGCACCGCCACAUUUAGUCCCCACGCCACCACCAAAUGCAGCAGAGGAGGCAGAUGGAGUGCUGAGUGGUGUGGCGGCAACAGGGGGAGUCACGCCUGCACAUGCAAUAGCAUCUCCUCAUGCAGUCACAGCAUCAAUUGCAGGAACGGCACCACCGGAUAUAGUCACACCACCACCGCAUAUAGUCACACCACCAGCGAUUAUAUUCACACCACCAUCAAAUAUAAAUGCAGGAGCAAGUGGUAGUAUUGGUGGUGCUUCUGCUUCUGUUACUGCUGGUGGCAGUGCAGGUGCAGAAGGAAUUGACGGAUUGCUGUUACCAGCACCAACGCAGGUCGCAGCAACCGUGUCAGGAGCACCAACAGCACCAAUAGCACCACCACCAGUACCCACAGCACUACAGUCAGCACCCACAACGCCACUUUCAGCACCAGUAGCAAGAACAGCGCCGCCGAUUGCAUCGGGUGCUUCUCCUGCAGCUUCUGCUGCCCCCGCUCCUGCCAGUUUACCUGCUUCUCCUACGAACCCUGCCCCUGCUCCUGCUGCUCCGUCCCUCUCUGCUACUCUUACUAAUCCCCUCCCUGCUCCUUAUUCCCCUGCUCGCUCUGACCCUCCCCCUGCUCGCUCUGACCCUCCCCCUGCUCCUGCCCCCUUUGCUUCUGCUGCUCCUCCUGCUCCCCCUGCUCCCCCUGCUCCCCUUGCUCCUGCUCCCCAUGCUACUGCUCCCCCUGCUCCAACCCCCCCUGCUCCAACCCCCCCUGCUCCUUCCCCCCCUGCUCCAACCCCCCCUGCUACUGCUGCGUCUCUCCCGUUCCCCUCUUCCCCACCUCCCCCUCCUCCCCCUCGACCACCUGCUGCUAGCCCCUCGUCCCUCCACCCCCCUUCAUCCCGUCCUCUUCUCUUCAACCCCUCUCUCCCUCCUCCUUUUCCCCCGCCACCGUUCCUCUUCCCCCCCUCUUUUCCACACCAACCGCACUUCGUACGGCCUCCCUUGCUACACCCCUCCGUGUUACAUCCCUCGCUGUUACAUCCACCACAACGGUUACCACCUCCCUUUCUUCCCAUUGGCUGGAGCAUCGUAGACCGGCCCUGGACCGAUCAGGUUCGGGCAGCAGCACGCAGGAGGCUCGUGCGCCGGACCAAACAGGCUCGGACCGAGGCUCAAGCUCGGAAUCUUCAGCAGAUGGUGCGGUUGCAUUGGAUUCGUGGGGGAGGGUUACCAGUUGGGUAUGGAGGAGAGGCUGGGGGAGAAGGAGGGAGCGAGGGAGGAAUGGGAGGGAGAGGAGGACUGGGAGUUGGGGAAGGUGUGAGGGAGGGAGGUGUGAGGGAGGGAGGAGAUGUGAGGGAGGGAGAAGGUGAGAGGGAGGGAGAAGGUGUGAUGGAGAAUGAAGGUGUGAAUGGGGAAGAGGGCGUGAGAGGUGAGGAAGAGGAUGUCAGCAGGAGAGAAGGAGUGAAAAGGGGAGAAGGCGUGAAAGGGGGGAAAAGAAAGGGAGGCAGGAAAGCGAGAAGGGGAGGAGUGGGAAGAGAAAUUGACAGGGAAGGGCAAGAGUCACCCGUGAGAAGCCUUAAACGGGGAAGAAAGAAGCGAGGAGAAGAUGUGGAGGGGCAAGAGACUCUUUCAAGACCUGCCAAAAGGGGAAGAAAGAGAAGCAUUCGUGGUGUGGUAGGGCAAGAGGAGGGAUCAGUGACAGGUGAUGUGGAGGAGGAGGGAAUAAAUGUGUCACAGAGGCUAUUGAAUCGGGUGGAAGAAGGAGAGGAGCAAGAGGAGAGAGGGAGACAGGAAGGAGGGGAGGAGCAAGAGGAGAGAGGAGAGGAUGAAGAGGGCAGGAGUGGGCUGGGAGAUCUGAAUGGGGGAUUCAGGGGUGGAGGAGGAGGAGGAGGAGGAGGAGGAGGAGGAGGAGGAGGAGGAGGAGGAGGAGGAGGAGGAGGAGGAGGAGGAGGAGGAGGAGGAGGAGGAGGAGGAGGAGGAGGAGGAGGAGGAGGAGCUGAGCGAAGGCAGGAGGGAGAAGAGCAAGGGGGGCAGGGAAUUGAAGUGAGAGUGGAGGAGGUUGGUGGAAGAGGAGGAGGCCGGGCAGAUAAGAACUUUCGUGGGGAGAUACUGGUCCAAGGCUCCGAACGGCACGGCCUUCAUCCUGGUUAUGAGUCGUCUCAAAUCUCUGACCUAGAGGCUAGGGUUCAAACUGGGUCGGAGGCUGGGAACGGGGAGCUUCAAAGCUCGAACCCAGAGGCAAGGGUUGAAAUCGGGUCAGGGGGGAGGAACGGGACGUUUCAAAGCUCUGCCCUGGAGGCUGUUUCUUGUGUGGGUAGAGAUCGAAGGGGGGAUGAGAAUGGUCCAGGUGCUGGGAAUGGGAAUGGGAAUGGGAAUGGGAAUGGGAAUGGGAAUGGGCCAGAGGCUAGGGUUGAGAACGGGUCAGAGGCAAGGAAUGGGACGUUUCAAAGCUCCAGUCCGGGGGCGGUUUCUUGUGUGGCUGGAGAUGGAAGGGGGGAUGAGAAUGGGCCGGAGAUUAGGAACGGAAAUAGACCAGAGGUUAGAAUUGGGACUGGGCCAGAGGCUAGGAAUGCAAUGUUACAUGGAGCUCAGGCCUGGGUGAGGAAGGCUCGGAGCAGUAAACCGGUGCGCCGAUCUAGAUUCAGUAGAGGAGGCUUGGGAGUGGCUGGGGGCAGGAGAGGGUCGCAUGCAAAUGGUUUGGAUGGCUCUGAUAUAGGCAACAGUGCGGUUGGUUGCGGUGCAGAUGGUGUUAGCAACGGUUAUGCUGGUGCUGGUGCUGUUGCUGAAUCUUCUGCAGUGGCUAAUGCAUCACUUGUAUCGGAAUGGCUGAGAAAGAGGCGGGCAGACCAGGAAGAAAAUAUCUCCAUGGGGUCGAGAAAGAGACGGGCAGCUCGAGAUGAGAAUGUUUUGAAACACCAGGAGAAGACAAGAGGGGCAGCAGAACGGGCACCUGAAGAGAAUGGAGGGUUGGGGAGGAGGCUGGGUGAGUCUGAGAUAGGUGGAAAGAGUGGGAGAGGGAGGGGGAAGGGGAGGGGGAGAGGGGGGAGGAGGGGAGGGAUGAUGGGAGAGAGUGAGGGGGUUUGCAUGGAGGGUGGUGCUGGGGAAGGGGGAACGGCAGGAGGAGAGGAAAUGAGAGGAGCAGAGGAGCUUGGGGAGGGAAAGAGGGGAAGGGGGGGGGAGGGAAGAGGUGGAAAGGCAGGAGGGAAGGAGGGGAAUGCAGGGGGGAGAAGAGGGUUGGGAAGGGGAAGCGAGGGGAGAGGGAGGGGUGGAGGGAGAGGGAAGGGGAGGCAACCGGUCGGGGUUUCUGGUGGUGGGGUGGGUGGAAAAGAUGGGUAG